AUGAGCCAUCACAUAGAUGAGUAUGAUAUGGAUAAGAAGGAGAUCUAUUCAAAGCUCUUCCAGAGAAAAGACUCUUCGCAAGAGCUUUGUGAGAGCUUACCGAUCUUGAUCUUGGGUAAUUACAGAGUGGUCAACAACUUCUUGACAAAGCCUUUGAUGAAUGGGAGAAAGAUCUCAUUUAACAUCGUUGUCAUGAAAACAACAGCAACCGCCGAGAAACAUGAUAUGCAGAAUAGG